AUGUUUAGAUUGAAGGCCAGUGCAAACGAUGUACGUAAAUGCGGAAUCAAAAUUGUUGUUCGACGUUUGGAAGUGAAGUCAAGGAUAGACAAGAGUUCAGUUGAUGGUGAUGAUGAUGAUGAUGACGACGAUGAUGAUGAUGAUGAUGAUGAUGAUGAUGAUGAUGAUGAUGAUGAUGAUGAUGAUGAUGAUGAUGAUGAUGACAUGUUUAGAGUACCCUUUUAUGCGAGUGACAAUCAGGAUCAGGAUUUCCUGGAGCUAAUUCACAAGCCCCUUUGGGAAAGCUUUGGAACAUCGGAUUUGCAGCUCCUUCGUACACCAAGCAUCUAUUCCGAGGUGUAG